UCCACAAUUGAAAGUAGACACAUCAAAGAAGAAAGAUCACAAUUUUUGUUUUUCUUCAAAAUUUUUCCGGAAAAAAGAAUUAAAGUUAAAUAACAUUUAGUUUAUUUAAAUACUUUCUACUUACAAAAACCUAUUAAACCAUGGGUCGUCGUAAAUCCAAGAGAAAGCCGCCACCAAAACGUAAAAAUAUUGAGCCACUUGAUUUGCAAUUCAAUUGUCCAUUUUGUAAUCAUGAAAAAUCUUGUGAAGUUCAAAUGGACAAGAGUCGCAAUACGGCCAGGAUAACUUGUAGAGUAUGCAUGGAAGACUACCAGACCAGCAUUAACUUCCUUUCAGAGCCAAUCGAUGUCUACAACGAUUGGGUAGAUGCCUGCGAGACUGCUAAUUAAUUUUUGACUUUUCUCAACUUAAACUUA